AUGUCAUGCAGAGAACAUAGGUUGGCUUUAGAGCCAACAACGAUAAUAAUGAAAGAAUACAUGAAUUUAUCGAGUGCAUUAAGGAGUUAUAACAGAAGCAAACAGAAAAAUAUACGAUCUGCCAGUAUGGCAGCAAUUCUAGGGAACGGCAGCGAAGUGUUUCUUGAUGAUGAUGAUUCAACUUUAGAGAUAUUUAAGAACCCCAUUUUGAAUAGAUUUAAUGAUCCACUGCUGACAGAAUUGGAACAUCUAAUUGACACUGUAAGUCGUUUAAACUCCUUAGAAGAUAUGGACUCUCGAUUACUAUUAAAACCAUUUUUGUUCAUAGUUAAUGACAGUUCUAUGCCGAGAAAUGUUACAUCAUUGGCAUUAGAUGCAUUACUAAAGAGUUUGCAUUUGGAUAUAAUAAAUAAAGUGUCGAGGGCUAACAUUAAUACCUUCCAAGAAAUAGCAAUUUCAUUAACUCAUCCUAAGUUUGGAGGUCCUAACAAGACCCAAGAUGAAGCUCUUCUACUGAAGUUAAUUGAAAUCUUGGAACUGGUUGUUGACUCAUCAUUUUCAGAGUAUUUGACUGAUGAAAUCAUGUACGAUAUUUUACAAGUGGUUCUAUCCUUAGCAUGCAGUAAUAAGAAGACUGAAGUCCUUAGAGCGUCUGCAGAAUCUACGAUGAUAUCAAUCACCACCAAAAUUUUCCAAAAAUUACAUGACUUUAAUCCAACCAAUGCAUCAGGGUUCUAUCUUAACGAUGAGAAAUUUACCAGAAACAGCCUACAAUAUGACAGGUUUGUUUCUCGUCUAAGUAGUGAAAGAAGCAAUUCCAUUGCAAAUCCUGAAGCAACGGCAACCCCAGAAAACAUAAUUAUUAAUACCCAAGAAUCACAAGUCCCCGAAUCUGUGAAAGACCGUGUCGAAAGCUCUCUUGACUUCGAUUCAUAUAUAUCUGAUGACGAUAUCGAAGACAUGGAUAAAUACGGUAUGGAUACUUUUGUCAGUUUUCUGAAUUUAUUACUUACAUUAAUUUCUACAAAAAACAGUACAAAACAUACAGUAUCCACAAAAAUUCUCAGUUAUAAACUCCUAACAUGUAUCAUUGAAAUAUCAGGAUCGGGUUUCAAAAAUAAUCCAAGGCUUUUAAACAUAAUGUGUGAUCCAAUAUCCAAAUGCAUAUUUUUCAAUAUUCGAAACUCGAAUAACAUCUCCCUACUGCACGCAACAUUACAGUUAUUUACUACAAUGAUAAUAAUUCUGGGGAAGAAUUUGAAAUUACAAAUUCAGUUGACAUUGCAAUGUUGUUUAGAUAUCCUUUCUGACAAAAUAAAUAAGCCUAUAGCAGUUAAAGAACUUAUUCUCGAGAACCUUUCCUUAUUAUGGACCAAUUCCUCUUCAUUCUUUAUUUCUACAUUUAUAGAUUACGAUUGCAAUCUGGAACAUACUGAUCUUUCAUUAGGUUUAUUAAAUAUUUUGCUAAAAUUAGCAAAUCCUAAAUAUUCUUCACACAUGACUCAAUAUAUACCGCCUCUAGCGAUUGACGGCUUAUGGAAUUUCAUUAUAUGUGUUAACCUCUUCACAGAUAACUUAAAUGACCAAAAUUCCUUUCUAAAUGAAGAAGAAAAACCAAUUAUUUUAAAGGAUAGAUAUCGUAAAGCUGAAUUUAUUAAAUGUUGUGAGAAGUUUAACAAGAAACCAAAAGAAGGAAUCUCAAUGUUGAUUUCUAAAGGUUUCAUUAUAUCCGACGCGGAAAACGACAUUGCUGAUUUCUUGUUUAACAAUAAUAACCGUAUGAAUAAGAAGACAAUUGGAUUGUUACUAUGUGAUCCAAAGAAUGUACCUUUGCUAGAAAAUUUUAUUGAUUUGUUCAAUUUUAAAUCGUUAAGGAUUGACGAGGCCUUGAGAGUUAUGCUUUCAAAAUUUAGAUUACCUGGUGAAUCGCAACAGAUUGAGAGGAUCGUGGAGGCAUUCUCAUCGAAAUAUGUUAAAGAUCAAAGUUAUAAUCCGGAGGAGUUGCAAUAUUGUGAUGAAAAUCUAAACGAAAAUGUAUAUGCUGAUGAGAAUGAUGGGGUAGAGCAGGAUUUUACCAAAUUGCAACCCGAUUCAGAUUCAGUUUUUAUCGUGAGUUAUUCGAUAAUUAUGUUAAAUACUGAUUUACAUAAUCCAAACAUAAAGGAGCAUAUGUCAUUUGCUGAUUAUUCAGGUAAUUUGAAGACAUGCUAUAAUAAAAGUCAUGAUUUCCCAAGAGAAUACUUAUGGAAAAUUUAUUGUUCGAUCAGAGAUAAAGAGAUUGUUAUGCCUGAAGAAUUUGAUGGCGAUGUAGAAUGGUUCGACGAUGUAUGGAAAAAUCUAAUAGUUUCCAACACAGUUGUCACAGAAAUCCAUUCAGUACCAGAGGUGAAUGUGUUGGACGAGCUGACGACAAUUGGAUUAGCACAAUUAGGGCAAGAAAUGUUCAAACUAUUGGGUCAAGAGAUGGUAAGUUGUCUUUUCAAUUUAUAUACAAUUAACUCAAAUAAGAUAUUUUCCCAAAAACUAUUAAAAGCUAUUAAACAUUGCUCGUCUAUUUCUUCCUUUUACAAUGAUAAAGACUUAUAUCACAAUAUUCUGCAUGGUUUAUUGGAAAAUAGCUGUUUAUCAGCAUUUGAUAAUACCGAAAAUCAUUCAGCAGUUAAGCAUGCUGAAGACUCUCUUGAAACCGAUGAGAAAGAUUGCAACGAAGAAGUCAAUCAUCAGUUAGAAUUGAUGCCCUUGAUACAAAUAAAUAUUGAAGAAACAAAUUCUAAAGUAGUAGUGAGUCCAGACGGGAUAAAACUUGGUGAGUCGUCUAAGGGUCAAAAUUCGCUCCUUCUAUACUUCAAGAUUCUUUCUUCAAAUUCAGAUGCAUCUUUACUAACCAAAGAAACCUAUAGUGAUAUUAUUCAAUUAAUAAUAACGCUUUUUGAGAAUUUCUUGUUAGAUCCUAAUAUUUUCCCAGAAUUACAAAAUUCCUGGAAGUUCGAAAAGAUACCUUCUCCCAAUGCAACUUUUGAAAUCAAUAAAUCUAAAUUGAAUAAAAGUUUGUUAUCUACAUUUGCAUCUUACUUGACAGGCGAUGAUAACGUGGAACCAACAACGGAAGAUAUUGAAUAUUCAAUGAAAGCAAUGGAAUGUAUUAAAUCAAUUAAUAUCCGAGAAUCAAUUUUCAAAAAUAAAAACAUUGUUACUCCAGCAUUCGUAGAAUUAAUUAUUGAAUCCAUCCAAAUAAAGAAGAAGGCAAAUUAUGAUGAAGAGGAUAACUAUUUUGAAUGUGAAUUGAUAUUUCUAUUAGAAUUAUCCUUGUCGUUAAUGGUUGUUAAUAACUUUACAGAUCAAUUAUUAGAUACCAUAUUGAAUAAAAUAGAAGAUAUUUCGGCCAAUAUUGAUGACAAUGAUUUAUCAGUACAUGCAAAAAGAAAGAUAUCUAAUUAUAAACUCGUAUUGAUUACAUUAUGUAAAACAGGUGGAGAAUCUUACUUAUUAUCAUUAAUAAGCGAUGACUUAAUAAGGAAGAACGAGGUAUUUAAUGAAGAUUAUUUCAGCACCAUUGAAGGAGAUGAAUUUAUCAGCAGAAUUCUAAACUUGUUUACAAAUAAAGAUGAUUUCAAGACGAAACUAUCUCAAAACAAAGAUUUUUGGAAAUGGUUGAAGCUAAUUGGUUCCAUGAGAGGACAGUCGCUGAAAGUGUAUGAAGUUUUGGAACAAUUUACACGAGAAGAUAAGAAAAACAUCAUGCAAACAGACUUUGUUUUAAUCUUGGAAAUUAUUGAUGAAAUUGCUUCUUCAACGGGGGGGAAUGAUAUGGAUAAACUGGAUGAAUCUGCUAGAGAAAAAGCCAUUGCAUUGUCUUUGAAGGCUAUCGAUCUUUCUUCCACAUUAUUAAAGGAGAAUACAUUCGAAAGUUCCAAUAACAUGGAAACAUUAUCUUUAAUUCAGCUACUUGGACAUCAAUGUUUGAAUGGAUAUGAAGAAAUCCAAUCUCAUGCAUUGAAGUCUUUGGAAAAUUCUAUUUUAAAUCAUUUAUCGAUACCAAGAGAUAACGCACUGACUGUGGUUGAAGAAAUUAUUGAUAAUGGACUGGCACCGAUAUUAAGCAUUGAGAAUGCGGCCGAUAGCUCUGAAUUGAAUAACGUCGUAUUAAGAAUAAUUGGAAAAGUAUACUUGAAAUAUUUGGUAGAAGGUAUUACAACUAAUGAAACGUACAUGAAAAUCUUGAAAAUAUUUAAUAAAUUUGUUGCUGAGCCAACGAUCGAGAACCAGUUACUGGAGUUAAUCCUGGAAAAACAAAGGAUAGAACAACAUGACGUUGAUACUCAAGUCGAGGCCUGA